GAAAGCCCCCACCCCAAUCCGUUUCCUUUCGCUUUUAUUUCCAUGCCAUCAUUCACAGGGUUCGAGUCCUCCCUCACGCACGACGGCUCUCAACACGCUCUUCUUCUCAUGGCUGCCCACCGCCAGCGGGGUUUGAACUGACCCUCAACCGCCUGCGUUCCCUGUACAGAUUCAUUCUCCUCAGAGCCCUGUGCAGCCCCUGUUACCGACACCCUACCAUGCUGCUCAACUUCGUGCUGUGUAUGGAAGUGGCCACCCUCCUGGCCCUGGCCUCAACCCCAGGGCCCCAGAUGUGCAGUGUGCUCAAUGGCUCCAAGCAAUAUGCCUCCCCGGCGCUCGACUCGCUACAGUGCUACAAUGACUACAGAUCCUACAUACGCUGCAGCUGGAGGGAGGGCGCUCAGACAGCCUCGCACCCUCUGCUGUCCCUGCACCACAAGAACCUGGUGACAAACACGGAGUCCCCGUGUGUCCCUUAUGGCCCCCCGGAGCCGCUGUCUGGAGGCCAGCGUGCCGUCCACUGUCAGUACAACACCACCGUGUUUGCCAUCGGCUUCGAAGAUGCUUUCUUCUUCAAGGUCCCCCAUUUCCCGCAUUUCUCCAGAACGCUGACCCUGUCUGAGCACGUGAGGGUGCGGCCCCCACGUGACCUGUCGCAGACAGCCGUCGAGGGAGGGGGCUGGCUGCUACGCUGGAAUGUCUCCUACAGUCCCAAAGGGUCUGUGUAUCCGACGCUGAACUACCAGGUAGCCUACAGACAGCCCAGCCAGGAGUGGACGGUCUUGGAGAUUUCUGAGAGGAAGCUCAAAAUUGAGAUGAACUCGUUGAUCCCCGGCUGUUGGUACGAGGCCAGAGUGAGGGCACGUAGUGGAAAAGGACUGUGGAGCGAGUGGGGUUCCCCAGUGGCAUGGCAGACUGAGGAAGUCGAGCUCCCUGACCCUGUGGACCUGCAGUGCGUGUAUGAUGGGGAGGCAGAAGUGAGCUGCAGCUGGGGGCUGAAACGAGAGCUGGCCCAGUUUGUCACCUACAGCCUCUCGUACGGGGCACAUCACGACGCACCGUUUCAGCGGUGCUGUAGUAACACCAAGCUCAGCGACAACCCUGAAGAUCCACUGCUGAAGUUCAGCUGCUCGUUCUACCUGGACACCCCUCGCACGCAGAUCGAGGUGAAGCUCACUCCCACAUACAACAAGAAGAACUUCUCUGCACACAAGAUGGUUCGCCUUCCUACACUCAAUCGCAUGAAGGUGAAAGAGAAAGGGGACGACUGGGAGCUGAGCUGGACCCCCCCAACAAUAGGCUCUGUGCCAUUUUCCUUCCAGAUACGCUAUGGAAGGACCGACGCCCUGGAGGACAUGCAGCAGUACAAUUUCUCGCAAGACAUCCACUCCUUCACGAUCAGCAAAGCUUCCCUCUGCCCCGACACACAGUAUGAGGCCCAGGUGAGGGCCAUAAUACAGUCUAGCAUCUUCAACGGAAGCCCUUCUGAGUGGACGGAGUCUGUGCGUUGGACAACACAGCCAGCCUCCUGGUCCUUCCCCAUCACCAUCUUUGUGUGUAUCAUUACCGCCAUGUCCACGACCAUUCUCUUCUUCAUCCUGAUCUACACCCUGCCCAUGUGUCGAAGGAGGUUUAGAGUGUGGAAGCUGUCCAUCCCCUCUCCUCUGAAGAGCAAAGUUCUCGAGGGCCUGGUUAAGGUGUCCCUUGCCGAACGGCCCGCCGUACACAAGGGGCUGGAGCACGCCCACAUCAGCAGCGUACAGGUGCUGGAAGCAGCCCGGGAGUCGCGCAUCUGCCCCGAAUUGGUAGAGGACCUUUUUCAACCAAUGUGGUUGACCAGCGCGGACAACUCUGGAACGUACAAGUGCAUCGCUCAGCAGGGGUGGGAGGUGUCCACUGACCACGGUGGGGGAGUCCAGGACAAACUGUGCAAGGGUCAGAAUAUCCCGUUCAACUUCCACCCCUCUCUCUUGCCCCUGCCGGUGACUCCGGACCUUGGACAGCUGUAUGUGGAAGACAGCUCCUAUGUUCCCACGGCCCAGCCGGCGCUUCUUCCCUGUGUUUCGGAUUACGUGGAGGCGCCGGUGUCCAAAGGAAGGUGGUUUCAGGAAGACCCCAAGGAGGCUGCCUUGCAGAGGCUGAUGGAGCCCGACUCCUUGGCCUAUACGCAGGCCCCUCUCCUCUGAUCCAGUGCCUUUCCUGCUGUGGUUUCCCAGAUCAGCGGUGGGUUGAGGUCCCCUUCUCUCACCGCGGUGCACAUGAAGAAGCUGGACUGGCAAUAGGAUCAAGGCACUGUGGACUAUGUCCAUACUCACACAUGUCUCUCCCAGCAUGACUGGGAUUCAAGGAGGACCAGAGAAGCUUGCGAUCCAGCCACCAUUACGGAGCAGUGAAGAGCAGCUAUUCUGUACCGCUCUGCUUGUGCUAAAACUGCUCUUUCAUAGAGACUCAGAUCUAUGGACCUGUUCUCAACAAGCAUUAAGAGAUCGUUACAGAAGAAAUGGGAACGAGAUGUAAUUUUGGAGGGACCAGCUAGUAAUCAAGUAACUCGCAAGUUUUGCUGAACCGAUGCAAAACUACUUUUUGGAGAAGUGCUACUGACCACAAUAGUAUUUACUGCACAGAAUUAUUGUUGUUUUCACAUAUUCAUCAGGUAUGUCUCUUUUGUACAUGCUCAGGUAAUAAUGUGCGCUGUUGGACACACGUCGUAGCGUGUUAUGCUGACUGUGUGUUCAGUGAGUCGUAUUGCAAACUAAUUUUUUUUUUUUUUUUUUCCCCCAGCUAUAAGUACCUCGUGGCUCCAUUAUAAGGUGCUUUUCAGUUCUUUUUCAGUGUUGCUGUUUUUUUAUCAGUCCUGAUUCUGGAGUCCAAGCUAAAUAUUCACACAUAGACAUGGAAACUACAAAUAAAAAAUAUUCCCCAAAUGUAAUCCAUGCAUUUCAUGUGCAAUAUCAACUAACCACAGUGUGAUGCCGUGAUUGGUGCAGCUGAGAAAUCUACACAUAUUUCUGUUGUUAUUUUAACAAAUAAUUGAACUCGGUGUAUAUAUUCAAACACGGAAAGCAGACGAUUUUGUGCGUGGGAAUCAUUCAACUGUUCGUAUUAACUGUCUAAUACGGUUCACUCUUUACUGAAAUUAACAUUAUGGUUAUAAUCAAAACACUGGACUUGGUUUCUAAAUUAUUAUUAAUAUUACAUUUUUUUUUUUUCACCUGCUCUCACCCAUUUCUCAAGUGAGCGCCAAAACAAAAAGCUCACGUCAAACACGCUUCAGCUUCUUAACACUAACAUUCAAACCUCUGUUCACAAGUCACAUUUUCACUUAGUAGUGUUUGGCGUAAUGGUCAAUUCCACAUAAUUCCAAUCUAGACAAGAAUAUACUAUACUGUAUUAAUAGAGCAUCUCAUUACCGUUAUCUUAUUAGAGGUCUUUUUUUUUUUUGGUGAAUGGCUGCCUUCCUGAUGUAAUGCUUGGCAACUAAACUGAUCAUUGAGCUGAUCUAUGAAAAUGGAAUACUGUAGUCAGUAAUUAACCACUUUAAAUAAAAUUUUGAGAAACACACAAGUCUUAUCACGCAGUCCAGCCAUCAUUUACUCACAGUAAGAUAACAUGGACAGGUAGCACUGGUGCCUUACAGCUUGGGCUGUGGCUUUGGGUAGGGUUUCAAACGUGGACCAAUCUGUGUGGAGUUUCUAUGUUCUCUCCCUGUUCAUAUGGGUCUCCUCCCACAGUCCAAACACAUGUUUUUCAGGUGAAAUAGUGACUAAAUUCUGAAUGUUGUAAAUGAGUGCGAGUGAUUGUCCUGCAAUGGAAUAGCAUCCCAUCCAGGUCGCACCCUGUCUAAUGGCCUAUGCUUCCGGGAUAGGCUCUGGACCACUGUGACCCUGCACUGGAGGUUAUUGAUGUUGGGGGAAAAACUGAUCACAGUAUUUCUGAAACGCAUUAGAAGGGUACCUAAGCAAAGAGCAAGGCAUUUGGUGGUUCCCCAGCACAGACCAUCAGAGCUGAAGAGAAGCCAAGCGCACCUUUAGUUUUUUCCUUCCCCUAAAGCACCUGAGCACUCGAUUGAUGGAACUGCAGAAAUAAUUUCUUCAUGUUAGUCCUCUCUGUUAACGCUGAAGUUUUUCACUGUUUACUGAGAGCUGUACAACUUGCAAACAAAUAUAUGAUGAUGUGUACUAGGAUAAUAUAGGAAUAUAAUUUUGAAAGAAUUUUUCCACUUAUUGCUGAGUCCAGAAAGCCAAUACUGUAUAGCCGCUAAACUGAGAUUGAUGUGUGAUUGGCCUAAGGAAAACCAUUCUGAGCUGUGAUUGGCUACUUCACACAGAGGGGUGUGGCUUCUUAAAACGUAAGAUUG